GCAGGACAGCACUGAUCAUUACGCCUCAUCAACCACAUGCACGAGCGAUCAGUGCGCGAUCUCACCUUUAACUACAGUUGACCUAACAAAUCUUGAGGAGAAUGGUGGGAGGAACUGGUUUUUAACAUGCCCAUGGUGACAUGCAGCUCUGACUCUGCUAUGCAUCAGGCCCUGGAGACUCUGAGUGACAGCAUCAGCUCGACCACUGCUAACAAUCUGGACCUGAUCUUCCUCAAAGGCAACAUGGAGAGCCUAGUGGCUCAUGAGCACUUUGAGGAACCCAAGCUUGAGGCUAUGAGGGCAAACAACGUGGAGGUGGUUCAAGACAUUCUCAAAGAGCUCAGUCCACUCCCACACAGAAGCCAGGCAGCUUGAUGAGCUCAACCACAUCCUCAAGGAGCCCCACUUCCAAUCCUUCCUGUAGACACAUGA